CCCCGCCCCGCGGCCGCGGCUCCGGGCGCUAUAAGAGGGCAGCGGCCGCGGCGCGCCCUGCGCGGAGCCGGGAGCGCGAUGGUCGCCGCCGCCGCGCGGCAAGAUGCUGGAUGGGGCCCUGCUGGCGCGCUGGCCGGCCGCGGCCUUCGGGCUGGCGCUGCUGCUCGUCGCGCUGCGCCCCUCGGCCGCCUACUUCGGGCUGACUGGCAGCGAGCCCCUGACCAUCCUCCCACUGAGCCUGGAGCCCGAGGUGGCUGCCCAAGCUCACUACAAGGCGUGCGACAGGCUGAAGCUGGAGCGGAAGCAGCGGCGCAUGUGCCGCCGGGACCCAGGAGUGGCCGAGACGCUGGUGGAGGCGGUGAGCAUGAGUGCGCUGGAGUGCCAGUACCAGUUCCGCUUCGAGCGCUGGAACUGCACUCUCGAGGGCCGCUACCGUGCCAGCCUGCUCAAGCGAGGCUUCAAGGAGACGGCCUUCCUGUACGCCAUCUCCUCUGCUGGGCUGACACAUGCACUAGCCAAGGCCUGCAGUGCAGGGCGCAUGGAGCGCUGCACCUGUGAUGAGGCGCCUGACUUAGAGAACCGGGAGGCCUGGCAGUGGGGUGGCUGCGGGGACAACCUCAAAUACAGCAGCAAAUUCGUCAAAGAGUUCCUGGGCCGGCGUUCCAGCAAGGACCUGCGUGCUCGUGUGGACUUUCAUAACAACCUCGUGGGCGUGAAGGUGAUCAAGGCUGGCGUGGAGACCACCUGCAAGUGCCAUGGUGUGUCUGGCUCCUGCACUGUGCGAACCUGCUGGCGGCAGCUGGCACCCUUCCAUGAGGCAGGCAGGCACCUGAAGCACAAAUAUGAAACAGCACUCAAGGUUGGCAGCACCACCAACGAGGCUGCAGGUGAGGCGGGGGCCAUUGCUCCGCCCCGGGGCCGCGUCUCAGGCACCACCGGCCCUGACCCGCUGCCCCGCACACCUGAGCUCGUGCACCUGGACGAUUCGCCCAGCUUCUGCCUGGCCGGCCGCUUUUCCCCGGGCACCGCAGGCCGCAGGUGCCACCGUGAGAAGAACUGCGAGAGCAUCUGCUGUGGCCGUGGCCACAACACGCAGAGCCGGGUGGUGACCAGGCCCUGCCAGUGCCAGGUGCGCUGGUGCUGCUAUGUGGAGUGCCGGCAGUGCACGCAGCGCGAAGAGGUGUACACCUGCAAGGGCUGACCCUGGCUGGCCAGUACGGUCUCUGGCAGCCUGGGGAUGGGAAUCAGUGCCCACCUGCCUGCCCACGGUACCCUGGGGGCCUCAUGUCCUCCUUGACCCGAGAGCAUUGCAGCCAAUGCUCUCUGAGCCAUCUCCCAUUCCCACCAGGCCCCCUCCCUACCAGGGCUGCCCCUGCAGCCGGCCAGCUGGGGGGUAGGGAGCAGGUGCACCUUGGUGACCGCAGGGCCAGCAGCACGGCACUGUCUCAAGAGCAAACCACUAGGAGCAUGCAGCCUAUCUGCCACUCCAGCGUCCAGCACUAUUCUGUGGAGUGAAUGCCCGCGACUCUUAAGUUAUUACUGAUAUUUAACUAUUCUAAUUAUUAUUAUCCCCCUCCCCGACCUUGUUUCCUCUGAUCUGCUCUGUCGUUCGAAACCACUAGGUUGAGGUGGACACUGUGGCUGCAGCCAGCCGUGGCAAUCACAGCCCUCGCCAUGCCCGUGCGGCCCCCAACCCUUGGCACUGACCGGGGCGGUUCCUGGGGUGGGGGCUUCAGAAGGUUCAUCUCAUAUGGAAGUACACGGGCUGUGAUGUGGUUUGGCGUGUGUGUGAGUGUGUGUGUGCAUGUGUGCGUGCGUGCGCGCUGUGCUAGUGUGGUUGGCAGAGCCUUGCCUUUCCUGGCAGUGUUGAGUGUGGCUUCGCUGCCCUCACUGGCCCUGGACUCACUUUAGUCUACACCUCUGUGU